AAACCAUGGGGAAUACUUCAUCAAUGUUAACACAGUACGACAUUGAAGAAGUUCAAGAACACUGUAACAACACUUUUUCACAACAAGAGAUUGUUUCCUUAUACCAAAGAUUCUGUCAGUUAGAUCGAAGUGGUGGAGGAUUUAUUUCUGCAGAUGAGUUCUUGUCUGUACCUGAAUUUGCUGUUAAUCCUCUUUCUCAGAGAUUGUUAAGGAUGAUUGAUGGUUUGAAUUUCAAAGAGUUUGUAGCUUUCUUGUCGGCUUUUAGUUCUCGUGCCACUCCUGAUCAGAAAAUUGAGUUCAUCUUCAAGGUAUAUGAUUUGGACUGCAAUGGGAAGGUUACCUUCAAUGAUAUAAUGGAUAUGUUGCGUGAUUUAACUGGAACAUAUAUCUCUGAGCAGCAAAGGCAGCAAGUUCUGACCCAUGUCCUUGAAGAAGCAGGCUACACAAAGGAUUCUUUAUUUGUUUUAGCAGAUUUUGUGAAGAUUCUGGGUAGCUCUGGCUUAAAAAUGGAGGUUGAAGUUCCAGUUGAUUAGCAAGAUUAACAAUUUUUGUUACCACUCCUUUUAUGGAUUUGAAUGCCAAGUUAUUUUUACGUUAUUGUGUUCGUAUCAUCAGCAGCAGGCCUUAAAUGUGUUUGUUUAUUGUACUUAUGUAUGAACCUAGUCCGGGCUGUGGAGAUAGGUCAAAGGAGUUAAGCAUGUAAUUGUAAUCCAGUUGUUUGCCACUUUACAAAACCAUUUUCGGAGUUAUUGUGUGUACAAUCAGUCCAGAAAAGGCUAUUUCCUGGGAGCUAAAGAAAAUUAGCCUCUUGAAAUGUCAAUGCUGCAGCUUUCUCUAAACUUUCUUUUUGCAGUCAAGUAUACUCACCAGUAACAAUAGGUUUUGAAUCGUAAAUCUAAUGUGAAGAUUUAAAUUGCCAUU